AGACUAACUGGUUAACUUUGUCUAUGGUACACCCUAUUUACUAGAACUAGGAAGCAGAUUCAUAAGGCACAAAUGUGAUCUCUGCACUAUUUGGUUGACAGAUGUGUGACAUUCUAAAUUUUGUGGACACAAUUUGUACACAUUCCAGAUUUUUUGUGAACGCCAUACAAAGUUGGUUGAUUACUUUUGGAUAUCAUUUUUCGUGAUUUUUAUAGCUGUUUCAGUCGAGGAUGAACUAUUGGGUUCACCCUAGUACCCUAGAAUAUUAAGUGGUCCAUGGGAUAUGAAUUCAUGACAUGGACUGAUUUGAAUACACAAGUAGAUCAGCUUAGUGCUCAUGGUGAUACAGAAUACUAUUUAGAUGCUUAGUUUACUGAGUGCUGCAGGUCAUACGGUGAAGGAUAUGAUCUUGCCAAGUAGCUCUCAGUGGCAGCAGCGAAUACCUAUCUCCUAGAGUAGCUCUCAAGUUAGACUUUCCAAUUCCACUGCUAAUGAUUUCUGCAUAGUACAAGUACCUUAGUAUUGAGUGAUGGUAAAUCGCCAAUUGUCGACCUUAUGUUCCUACAACCUAUAUGACACAUUCAUAGAUGAACUUUUGGCAUCAUUGGAGCUCUGAUAGAUUGCUAACAAACCACUAGGAAAAACCAUAACACUUGCAAUGUUCUUGUAUCUCCUCUCUGAACUGCAGCAUUGUAGCAAUUGUGUAACUUUAAAUUGUGACUGUAGUUGUAUUUCUUACUGAAAAGACCGGAAUACCUGCUAGAUUAAAUAUUUUAUAUCUCAUUGAGCUGUUAAAUGGAUGCCACAAGGAGCUGCAAAGAAACAAAAAUGAAGUGAUAUUUGCAGUUUCCUUUUUAACUGCACAGGUCAGGAUCGAAUAAACCUUCAUUUAUUCCAUAAAUAAUGCACUAUCAGGUCACUGCAGAAACACAUCAUGGUCUACAGAGAAUUUGACCAGCUUCAGGAUUACUUUUUCAUUGCGAGAAGAAAAAGGAAAAACUGGGCAUCUCCUGUCGUUGAAGGUAUGUUCAAGUACAAGUGGAACAAUCCAAUACAAAGUAUACAUUAAAUAGGCAGAAAGAAGGUAAAUCAGAGUGUUUCCUCAUUGGCAAGAUGGAGAAGAGGUUGAUUUCAUAAUCUGCAAGUGCCUACUGCAGCUAGAUGUCCUAGUUAGUUCUUUACCUUAACAUCCGCAGGUUUUAGAUUGCCUAGAAAACAUUAAAUUUUGGCUCAAAUGAUGUGAGGCAAAUGCACUGACGGCUGAGCACUUAGAGUCAGUCAAGCUACCAGUUGAGCCUGACCAUGUCAUAUAGGUCUACUGAACCUUCCCUUUCUUAUCUUUUUGCUGCUCUCUGCUCUCAUGUCUACAAGGCUAACUACAACUUAUAUUGCUUCAUAUGGUAUACAGAAGAGCAUUCUAUAAAGAUUUGAUGAUUGGACUCUCCGCUGAUUUGGUUAGCAUGUGAAGAUAUGGAGAAAUUUUAUUGAGACACAAUGAUGAGUCCACUCGUCACAUGCAAGCAAGUUGAAUAAGUUGAGUGCAAUUUAGGAGACAACCUUGCAUUAUUCUUAUAUCUUCUCUCUGCUGGAGUGUGAUCAUUUUGAGUGAUGUGAUUUUGCAAUGGAUCAUGAAACUUUUAACAUGGCUGAAGCAGUCGUUAGUUGUGUGACACACCAGACCACGUGAGCAUUCACGAUCUCACAAAGGCAGCUUUUUGUGUAGUCAAUUUGGGUUGGUCUAGAGGUAGACUUGUUUAAGCUCUUGCUUUUCAUAAAAAACAUAUAAUAACAUGCAAGUUGCACUGUACACAAUUAUUUGAUAAUUCCAAUAGAGGUGCUUCACAAGAGUUCGUUUAUACCAGACAAGGAUGUUCUCGGAGAGUUAAAUAUAAGUGUGUGUAGUUGGGUCCUUUUGAGAUCUCUUUAGGGACUUUUAUAAGUUGGUAGGAUCUUAUACAUCUUUAGUUAGUUUUGAGAAGCUUAAUGAUUUUGCUACUUUUGUUGGUUAUGUUGAAGAAGAGGAGGAAGGAGAUUUCAGCAUUUUACUCAAUUGUUUCAUUUUCUUGUAUCCAUAAAUUUUUCAUGUUUCAUCUACUCUUUGAAAAUAUAAGGAUGUGAUCUUCUUUCCGUAGAACUUUCAGAGGAAAUAUAUUGUUCCUGGCUUAUUUAUCCUCUGCGGAAUUCAGUUAAGUAUGCACAUUUGAGAAUAUGCCUUUAUCCAGAUUUUUUUUACUGUAACGUGUAUUCCUCAUUUAUGUGUGCAUUGGUCUUGUGCCACCUUGAUCAGUUAGUUUUAUUGUUAUGUUCAACUUUCCUACUAAUCCUUGUAGCACAACUUUGGAUGCUGAGCUUUGACACUACAAAAUUUCAACAACGAAGUAUCAAUUGUCUUAUUAGUUCUCUUUUUUUUCCGACUCUCAUGCAUGCAAUCGAUGCAAGUAUUUAUUGCUGUAGUCCUGUAGCCUCUGAAGAUUGACAAGUUGGUCUACCGAGACAAUAAUACUUGUCAAUUGGGUCAUAAUCGUGAGGUAUAUGAAGAGGGGUUUAAUGAACUCAGUGAACUUCUUGAGGUUGUAGUAAUUGAACUUCUCGUCCUUGCACUAUUUUGUAUUGCAACAACUGGUAUUUUCCAAAAAAAAAAAAUGCAAAUGGUCGACUAUUACUUCUUGAAACCAUCAUCUAUAACUUUCCUCUUUUUAGUAAAUAAAAAUAAAAUAACAAAAAUGUAAACCUUUCUUUGAUGGGUUUUAUUGUCCCAAUUUGCUAAUUUAAAAUACAACAACAAUAACAUCAAAGCCUUUUGCCCAAGCAAGUUGAGGUAGGCUAGAUAUCAAACCCAACGGAGAACAAGUAAACUAAGAUUCCAGCACAUGGAUCGCUGAUUUCCAUGCUGUCCUAUCAAGAGCUAAAUCUUUUUACCGCCUCCGCCCAUGUCAACUUUGCUCGUCCUCUGCCCCUCCUUGUAUUUUCCAUACUCUUCAGAAUUUGCUAACUGGUGCUUCUGGAGACCUCCGUUGGAUAUGACCAAAUCACCUUAGUUGGUGUUGGACUAACUUCUCGUCAACCGGUGUCAAUCCUAGUCUAUCACGUAUUGCCUUGUUCCUAAUCCGAGCCUUCCUUGUAUGGCCACACAUCCACCGUAGCAUGCACAUCUCUGCAACACUCAUUUGUUGGAUGUGUUGUCUUUUAGUGGGCCAACUCUGCUCCAUCUAGCAUCUCCGGUCUGAUGGCCGUCCAAUAGAACUUAUAUUUUAGCUUUUGUGGGACCUUCUUGUCACAUAGGAUGCCAGAUGUUUGUUGCCACUUCAUCCAAUUUGCUAAUUUAACAUGAAUAUGGCAAUGAGAAAAUGAUAUCAGCAUUUUCAAUCAUUUUUUGCCCAGAAUUCUCUGUUUAUUUUCCUCUUCAAUAUCUUUACUAAAAGUGAUGAUCUUUAAAUAAUAUUUCUUGUUGCUCACAUACAUGUUCAUGUUGUUUUGCUAUCCACAUCCCUUCUUAGGACUGUAAGUCUGUAAGUUCAUCAUCCUUAUUGAUAAAACGACAAAGUAGCCACUGUUUCAGUUGCCAUCUUGAUGCAUUAUUUAUUAGUGCUAAUAUUGGCAUUAGCUGACUGUCACCUGGCCUGCGCUCAUUGUGUAAUUUGUAUUUGCAGAUUUUCUUCUGAUGUAUGCUCAUGGUUACAAACAUAACCAUUGGUGUGUUUGUUGAGUCCAUGAAUGCUGAGUUAUGGUAGGAUUUCUUUGUGGGCUUUGUUGAAUUGUUUAAGGCCCUUCUUCAGUUAAUUAAAGAUUAUUCUGCAGAUUGUAAGCCUGAAAAAAUAUUAAUUAUAUAGAAGGUAUGCAGCAAAUAAUGGAGGCACCUAAUCUGUUCAUUCUCUGUAAGCACUUUAAAUCAUUCGUUAUACUGGAAAACUGCAGACAACAAAAGGUGCCCCUUUUCAUUGAUUAAAAGGAAGGCCAAGAUCAUAAUGAGAUCAUCAGGUAGGAAGUUUCUUCGUGGUAGCCUCAUCUUCAGUCCUAUGUUUAGAUCUAAUGUUACGGCCUCAGUAACACAGCAGGUUCAAUGCAUAUGGAGAUUUUCUUCUGAUUUGAUUCCCUAGUUCGUGAUUAGUGUACAGUCUUGUAAUAACUAUUGUUUCCUCUUGCAACCUUUUUGUACUUAACGAUAUGUCUUGUAGUGAUUUCACAGAUGAUGCCUGCAUGCUACGGGUGUUAAGGAUAGACGUAUGUGGGAUAGGUGUGGUAUCUAGGUUUGUCCAUGAAGUCUAGCUCUCUCUUGCACAUAUAGCUCUCUUGCUAAUGGAAUAAGAUACACACUAGCCAUAUCCUGUCACUCUCUCCUCAACAUUUGGGACAAGUAAAUGAUAAUUGAAAUGAUUUAACAAGAGAAUUACCUUGGUUUAUGCAGCUCACUUUCAAUUUCACAUCACUAUAAACAUGUUGUCUGAAUAUCUAUUGAUGAACUGAAAUUGUAGGCAGUACAGUUUGGAAUUUAUCUUAGGUUAGAUGCUGUCUGCGAAACAAGAGACAAAGACAAAUUAUUUUCUUCCUUGCAUAUGGGACUCUGUCAUCUGAGUAGAAGGUAAUAUGGGAACUUGGUCAGUUCAAAUUACUAUGCGGAUUCUGCAAACGGGGAAAUUGAAUAAUGAUGACAAAAGGUACUUUCUAAUUUCCAUGCUACACAAGAAAUAUGCUAAUCUGUUAAUUCGGAUUUAUUCAGCUCCCAAGUUGCCUCAAGAGAACAAGCUGUCGUUUGAGUAAAAAUUACCUGACGUACAUGGGAGAACUCAUUUGCUUGACUUUCCAAUCAAGCAAUUUUCAGAGUACAAGAUUAUAUGCUGUGUUCCUUGUGUACCUGGAGAGGUUGCUCUAUACUGCUAUCCUAAACUGCCGACUUAAUCACUGUCACCAAGGUAUGUGUCAAACAUUGCUGUGAUGUGUAGUGAAAGUUCCAUCCCAUUGCAUGGAAGGUGAAAUCAGACAAGUCUCCUAGAAGUCCAAGCUUUACCCUGAGGUUAAGCCUGUUGUAGAGAAUUUCAUAAUUGCAGUAUUACAUGGCCUUAACAUCUGUCACGAAUAAUUUCACCUAGUUAGAGCUACAUGGCAGUGCACGGAAAGUGGAAUCAGACAAGUCUCAUCGAAGUCCGGAGCUUUACCCUUACCUUCACCGUUUGUGUACAACAUUUCCUAAUUGCAGAAUUACCCGGUCUUAACACCUGUUAGCGGUAAAGCUUAAUCAGUUCUAUCCUAUGCAUCAAGGUGACCUUCCAGGAAGUUUCCUUAGUAAGCGUGGCUAGGAUAUCUUUUGGAGCCCCUUUCUUGGAGUCACUAAACAACCUUUAUCUUCCUUUGUUGCAUGGAUGGAUGGGAGACCACUGUAUCUUGUCUGGUUUUACCGCUGUAAUUCUCUGGGACAGUCAUGGCCAUGCAUAGUUUAAGCCUUUUGCUAGCUCCUAAGCUGCAAGCAGAUAGAAUAACGAGUAGGAUAAGUUUAGGGUCAGAAGUGUGCCUCCCAGUGCGUAAACAAAGUGCCUGCAUGUGGGGGGUAUGAUGUUCCUUUGAUACUAUGGCAUAUCAUGCCUUGUGUGCCUCUAUAUAAAGGCCCCUCGCUUAACACCCCUCUCGUACCACACAAGCCAUCAGUCUACAAGCUGUCUUAUAGUCUAGCAGCAUUCUUCCCCUCCUCCGCCUUGCACCGAGCUUUGUGAACCAGACCAUGAAGAUUGGAGGCCAAGGGAGGCUCAACAGAGCUUUCAGGGAGAAGAGGGCUAGGUUCUACAUCUUCCGCCGCUGCGUCGUCAUGUUGCUUCGAUGGAGCGACUGAUCCGUUUCUUGUUUUUCCUUCCAUUCUGGAAUUUUCUCUUUGGCGCUGCCAUUUCUGGAGGGUUAGAGAGAGUUUAGGUGUAGUUGCUAUGUAUAGGCUGUCCAUGUACUUCUCCUAGUCUUCUUCAUUUUUGAGGGUCAUUUUUUCUCCCAACACUUGCCUGCUGUUGCGGUCACGGGUGGGAGAUCCAACUCUGUAGUCCGAGAUUGUCACCCUCUUAUAAGACUGGAGAAAGAUUAUUGCUUAACUGUGCUUCAACUUGA